CCUCUCUGUCCCCUCUCUGUCCCCUCUCCUCUCCUCUCCCCUCUCCCCUCCCCUCUCCAUCUCCCCUCUCCUCCUCCCCGCCUUCCAUACUGCAAGAGUCAUCUGUGAGAUAUCUGCUAGAACAACUCCCGUACGUGCCAAAUCCUUACACGCACGUUCUUACAGGAAUCUGUCUCCGCACAGCCCUUGUCUAUCGGUAAUAUCCUACCCACAUGGUUUCAAUAACCCCAAAACUUCACAAUUUUCAUACAUCAUACAUUACUCUUACCUACAUACAGCACGACGUCUGCUGACUUGCGAACGCGGACGCGGAAAGGCAGGAAGAUCUUUUGUCUUUAACCGCCCUACAUACAUAUAUAUAUAAUAUGGCGACCUGCAGAACCCCACUGUAUUUCGCAGUUUUAUCGUAACACAGAUCUGGAGGAUCCCCAGUGCAGUGCAUACCGAUCUCGCCCACUCAACACCCACCCGCCACUGUUGGCCAACCUCCAGACCGCAUUCUCGAGCCACUCCACCAACCACAACACAUUCUUCAGCUAUAUACAAUCCAGGGGGGAGUUGAUCGUGCGUGCGCAUGAAGUAGCACGACGAUAUGUUUAAGAUCAAUGAGGGCGACGUGCCGUUCGUGCGGACACGGCGGGCGCUACUCGUCCUCGACCUCCAAAAGAACCUCGUUGCACCAGGAGGGAUAACACCCGUCGAACUACCACCGACUCUCGCCGACCAUGUAGCCAAACUGGUCCCCGUUUUUCGACAAUCCGGCACAGUCAUUUGGGUUAAAAGCGAAUUCGAGCAAGCCCGUCCUAUAAAUGAUGGCACAAGUCGAUGCGAAAAUGUUAUCACCGACGACGAGGUCGUGAUACGGCCUCCGAAGCCAUCUCCCGCCAGACACUCAUUACGAGGUUCCAAAAAAUUGCAAGCGAUGAUGGAGAAGCUUGAUACUGAAGCUUCUGCGGAUCUCGAUUUGGAAGGGGCAGGGCCGAUUGAGGUGGAUGAUAAAAAUACACCCGAUGAGCCAGAGGAGGCGGUGGAAGAAAGUGAGGCUUUCCUAUCUUUGGAGCCUGGGAAGGAACACAUGUCACUCAAGGGCAGGGCAUCCGAUUCUGGUCUGGUACCUGCUUUGGAAGCUGUGGUGGACCAAUCCAAGGACAUGUUCUUCACGAAGUCGUACUACUCUGCGUUCAAACCGAGUCUAUUACUACAGACUCUGAGGAGCCAGUUUGUCACGGAGAUUUUUAUAUGCGGAGCUCUGACAAAUAUGAGCGUGUUUGCAACGGCAAUGGAUGCCGCACGCUACGGAUACGCAAUUACUCUUGUCGACGACUGCCUUGGCUACCGAAACAAGGCCAGACAUGACCAAGCUCUACGGUCUCUAGAUGAGGCAACUGGCUGCGAUAUGUCCACCAGCUCAUACGUCAUUGAGGAAAUUCAGAAAAAGUCCAAGCAGUCGUCUAAAAGUGAAAAGACGGCAUCGAAAAGGCCGGUACGUCAAAACCCGGACACCGAAAAUAUUAACCAGAUGCUGGAAAAGUUGAAGCUGAGAAGUGACCCGAAAGCAUCUUCAAUCGCCGAGCCCGUCCCCGAAAAGGCUGUUCAGAAGGAUGUUAAUACCCAAACUUCAGCCGUGAAGCGUGAUGGGGGACCUGGACCCAAUGAAGCCACGACUUCGGAUGCGACGAUGCCCGAGGUAUCGCAACCCCGACCAACAGCUGAAGCUAGUAUCAAGAGGCGUGUCCCGAACAAAACCAAAAUUCGUCGCCGUACGUCGAACCGGGUAGCGCCCGAGUCCAGCGAGAGCAAGGCUAAGGUUGAUCCAAAGCAAUCAAAGGAGGCAGCGUCGCCCUCACCAUCUGCUGCUAUGGCUCCAUCGGAAGCCUCAGGAAAGGGCAAGGAAAAGGCGAAAGAUGAGUCAAAUGGCGUCAAGCCGAUACCAGAGAAGCCGAGCCCACCACCUCGAUCCCAAGAAGAUGAGCCAAAAAAGAAAGAUCCAGUUGUUUCUCCACCUGCUCCCACUGCCAAGGAUGCCGUGGCCGCUUCUACGCCGGCAAAGGAGAAUGGCCUGAAGACAGAGGAGCAACCUUUGAGCAGUGACAGUGACGAAUCAUCUUUGACUUCCACAGAAGGAGAGCCGAUUUGUGAGGGCGACACAGUUAUUAUUACUGAUCUACUUCCGAGUAAAGAAGAGGCGGGGAUAUUUGAAAGGGUCAAGACGGAGGUACAGUGGCAGAGGAUGUCUCAUCAAGGUGGAGAGGUUCCGAGGCUGGUCGCCGUUCAAGGUGAGAUUGGAAAAGAUGGAAGCAUCCCUAUAUAUCGACACCCAGCAGAUGAGUCUCCGCCACUGCUCGGAUUCUCUCCCGUGGUAACUGUCAUUCGACGGGAAGUCGAGAAGAAGCUAGGUCACCCAGUCAACCACUGCCUGAUCCAGCUCUACCGUAGUGGAAUAGACUACAUCUCAGAACACAGUGACAAGACUCUGGAUGUCGUUCCUGACACCUACAUCGCCAAUGUGAGUCUCGGGGCUCAACGCAUCAUGACUUUCAGAACCAAGAGGACCCUGAAGGAUGGAAAACAGCUCCAAACAGACGAGGAACACCCCCGAUCAACUUGCAAAGCCGCACUCCCUCAUAACUCCCUAUGCCGCAUGGGCCUCAUGACAAACAUGCGCUGGCUCCACAGUAUCCGCCAGGACAAGCGCCUCGACCGUGACAAAUCCACCGAAGAGCUCGACUACGGCGGAAUGCGAAUCUCCCUAACCUUCCGCCUCAUCGGCACCUUCCUCGACAAAGACCAAGCCAAAGUAUGGGGCCAAGGCGCCGUCGCCAAACACAAGCGCCACGCGCGCCCCGUCGUUAACGGGGCCACACCCGUAGCUCAGAAGAUGAUCGAGGCCUUUGGGACAGAGAACCGUUCCAGCGACUUUGACUGGCCCGAGGUCUACGGCCAGGGCUUCGACGCCCUCCACAUCUCUAACACGCGGAAACUCCUCUUAUCCGGCAACUCCGUGGUCGAUAUUGGAAUCGUAGCAUACCUCGCCCACCUCGGCCUAGAUUGGGCCUCAAGCAGUAUCGCCGCGCCUGUCGACCCCAGUCUGGGGACGGCAGAUGCGCCGGUCAUGAAGCUCGUCGACAAUGACCUGAGCCUCUCCACCGUCGAGGGGCCCUCUGCCAUCUUCCUCUACCUGUACAUGGUCUACGCCGCACCCUCUCUAGCACCCACCCCACUGCUAUACUCGCGCCUGUUCACACGCCUCCACCACGCCCUCGACCUGGGCGCGCGCCGCAAGAGCGACUCGCGCGCCCUAGACGCGUGGGAAAGGUACGCGGCUGAGGAUGCGUUCAUAGCUGGAUCAGCGCCAUCGAUAGCCGAUUUUGCUUUUUGGCCUGUGCUGAGGGCGAUUGUGGCUGCGAGGGGCGGUGGGGAUGAGUUUCCGAGGCUGAAAGCGUAUUUUCGGCGUAUGGGGGGGUUGGGGGCUGUUAAGGAGGCGGUGGUGGCCCUGGAGGAGGGAUCUUGGGUUUGGGAUUUGGGAUUAGGGUAUUAAUGAGGCAUUAGGUGGGUCAUGUCAUAGAUCUAUAGUGGG